AGCAAGUAUUUCAGUGACGCCAGCACACCCAGCAGGGUCCACCGUGUCAUAACUGAGUUGGACCACGAUAGUCAGUUGUAAACAGCUGGUUAGUGGCUCUUAAAACAGCUUUCUCGGUACAAUUUAUGGAUGUUGCAAAGUACCAUCUUUGUGAAGUAUUGCAAAGUCGUAAAGCAAUUGUGGAUUUCCUACUUCUGAGGUUCAGUGAAUGCAGCAUUUGAUUUUCUGCUGCCCCUGAAUGAACUCAGAUUUUCGCAUUAGUUGAACAUUAACUGCAGAUUAAAACCUAAAACAAAAGAAGAAGCAGCUCAUAUUUCCGGGUUGGACUUCGUACCCGGAGGAGCAGCAGCCAUGGCGGAGCCGCCCGUGGUCAUCUGGGAGCAGGAGGUCAGAAGUCUGCUGCACUACCGAGAUCUGAUCCCAAGCCUAGAGGUCGCGUUGGGGAAGUUCUCCAGCCGUGACAGUGCGGAGGUGAUCCAGCCUGUACGAAGCACGAUUCCCUUGCAGAAACACAGCGGCUUCAUGGGGCUGAUGCCUACAUACAUGGAGAGGGAUGGGAUCCUGACCACCAAGUUUGUGUGUUUCUACAAGAGGCAGGAGGGCUCAGCUCUACCAGCUGUUCAAGCCUCAGUGGUGCUGCUGGAUCCAGAGAAUGGCAACCUAAAGGCUGUCAUGGAUGGAGAGGUCAUCACAGCCACGAGGACCGCUGCAGUCUCCGCCAUCUCUGCUAAGCUGCUGAUGCGUCCUGGUGCAGAAGUUCUGGCCAUCCUGGGGACCGGCAAGCAGGCCCAGAGUCAUUAUACUGUCUUCACAGAGAUGUUUUCUUUUAAAGAGGUUCGAGUGUGGAGUCGAAUGAGAGAAGGAGUGGAAAGGUUCAUCCAAUCAGUUGGAGGUCCUGUGAAGGGAUGCGCCUCAGUGGAGGAGGCGGUGAGGGGAGCUGACGUCAUCGUGACAGUAACCGGGUCCACAGAGCCGGUGCUGUACAGCCAGUGGAUCACACCGGGAGCUCACGUGGCAGCGGUCGGGGCUUGUAGACCCGACUGGCGGGAGCUGGACGAUGUGUUGAUGAAGGACGCCAUUGUGUACGUGGACAGCAGAGAGGGGGCGAUGACUGAGUCUGGUGACAUCAUCCUCUCUGGGGCUGAGGUGUUUGCAGAGCUUGGAGAUGUUAUCAACGGAUCUAAAGCUGCUCACAGAGAGAGAACCACCGUGUUCAAGUCUCUUGGAAUGGGAGUGGAAGAUGCAGUGUCUGCUCAGCUGGUAUUUGACCAAUGGAAAGACAAAAAAUAAGGAUCCUGCUUUAUCUCGGAUUCGUUUUGUUGGACAAAGAUGGUCAAAACUGAACAGAUCUUGUGCGUUUGUCAGUCCUUUUACGUUGUACGACAACUAAAACACAACCAGGUGGAUAACCAGGUCUUACCGUGGCACAGAAAGAGAAAUCACGGCUAUGAAAGAAUGACAUCUCUGAGAGAGUUUUACCAAUCGAUCACAAACCCAUUGGUCACUUUAGAUUAAAAGUCCAACCUGAAGUCA